AAGUCAGCUGGUGACAAGCUCAGACCUCUGCUCCCUAAAAUAAAACCUGCCCCUCCCCCACCAUGUGUCAUGUGCAGACAGAAAACAGACAGUCAGAUGAGCUUUAAGCCUGAGACAACACUGGACCAGCAAAAUGCAGGCUAACUGGUUCUGCAGCUGGAUCCCAGGGACUACACUGGCUUUUCAGUGACCACUGACGUGAAACUGUGAUUUACCCUUAUAGAGUUCCAUCAUGUCAUCAGCCAGCGUCUCUCCUUCUGGAUCAGCAGCCCCUGAUCCCAACUUUGAGGAUUAUUCCCCUUAUAGUAAUCUAAGUGAUGAAGAACUGUUGCAGCUUGCAAUUGAGCGCAGUCUAACUGAUGCAACCAACAACAGGAAGACCAGCACCUCCCCUCCCCCAUCUCCUCCCCAACCUGACAGCAACAUGAACUCUGCUGCUCUAAACCUUGGCCAAGCUCAAGCGAAACACUCCCAACAUCCACCUGUAAAAAAGUCCCACGAUCUGCCACCAACUUCAACCACUGCCCACUACAGUUCUCCAAAUCCCCCGUCUGAAAAGCCUCCUGAUCCGAAAACAUUUGUGGGGACAAUCAGUCGUUUUAUGACUGGUUCUGGAAAGAGGAUGGUGGCUUAUCGCAGACCUGAUGGGACUAUGGUCUUCAUUGCACCAGAACCUGAAGAGGAGGAGGAGCCUUUAUUUAAAGCCAUCAGUAUUGGAAACGUGAACAGAGUCAAAGCAUUGGUGAUGCAGCCAGCAACAAACCUGAUGCUGCCCAGCAAACCAGGUUGGCUUGCCAUUCAUCAGGCUGCGUGGUUUGGCCAAGACGUCUGUCUAAAGGUUCUGUUGUCAGCUCAGCCCGGGAUGAUCAACAAGAGAACUGAUCGUGGUGAGUCUGCGCUGCUCGUCGCUAUCAGCAAAGACCGGCUGAGAUGUGUUCAAGUGCUUCUAGCAAAUGGAGCCGACCCUGAGAUUACCAACUAUGAUAAGGAGACUCCACUCUACAAAGCUUGUGAGAGGAAUAACGCUGCAAUGGUGGCCGUGUUGUUGAACCAUGGAGUGGCAGUAAACACUCCUUGUAUUCAUGGCUGCACUGCACUGCAAGAAGCUGUGGCCCAGAAUAACAGUGAGAUCUGUGAGAUGUUGCUGAAGGCUGGAGCUAAACACAAACUCACAAAUAUGUUUGGCAUCUCCCCGCUCUUCACUGCAGCUCAGAGUGGGCAUCUUGCAGCACUACGCUUUCUUCUCAAAUGUGGUGCAGACAUCAACACUCAGGCAGCUGAUGGAGCCACUGCUUUGUACGAGGCAUCAAAAAAUGGACACAAAGAAAUUGUGGAGCUCCUUCUUUUUCAGAAUGCUGAUGCCAACAAACCUGGAAAGACGGGCCUGUUACCGCUGCACAUUGCUGCCCAGAAAGGAAGUGACAUCAUUGUGUCCAUGUUGGUUCCAGCCACCAGUAAGGCCAGAGUUCGGCGAACUGGAAUCAGCCCACUUCACCUGGCAGCUGAACGUAACAGUGAUGAUGUGUUGGAGAUUCUGAUUGAGACAGGCUUUGAUGUCAACGCUCAGCUCUCUGAAGAGUGGUCCAAGAUGUAUGAGGACCGCCGCAGCACAGCUUUGUACUUCGCUGUCAUCAACAACAACAUUGAUGCCACUCGCAUGCUGCUGGCCGCUGGUGCUAACCCAAAUGUGGAUAUGUUUAAGCCACUGAUGGUGGCGGCAAGACAGGGAUGCAUCCAGACAGUCGCCCUGCUGGUGGAGCAUGGAGCUGACAUCAACGCCGGUAUCCCCACCCACCCCACCACCUUCCCUGCAGUCUACAUGUUCUCUAUGAAGUACUUAGCCAUGUUUAAGUAUUUACUGGACCACGGAGGCCACGCGCUCCCCUGCUUUGAUUGUGUCUACGGCAGUGACCCUCAUCCAUCAAUCAAGACCACCCGAUCACAGAGGGAUGAGCUUCGCUACAGUGGCAGUCUGUCGCUGGAGUCACAGUUUAGGCGAGGUGUUCAGUUCUGUGAGAUGAUUUCCGUCCCGAGUAUCAGUCGAUGGGCUGGCCCAAUUAUUGAUGUCCUAUUGGACUACGUCGGUCAUGUCACUCUGUGCGCCAGGCUGAUGGAACACCUGGACAGUUACUCUGACUGGAGUGUCAUAAAAGAGAAAGCAGCCCCCCCGCGACCACUGCUGCAGCUCUGCAGGCUACAAAUACUGAAGCUGGUUGGACGUCAUCGCGUGAAGAGGUUGCAGCUUCCUGGAGGUCUGAUCCGUUUCCUGCAGCAUCAGGAGGCACAACUCGACAACCACUGACCUCCAGUUUCACAAUAUCAACAGUUUGCUGGAGGAUGAGGUUCCUGCAGAGAAUGAACCAGAGAAUGGUUGAAAGUCUGUAUAUACGAAUGUCUGCUGUUGAGCUUUAAUUAGUUUGCUCUUUAUCAUCAGGCAUUUCCAACUUCUCCAUCCUCAUCUGUUAUAGUUACACAGCAUGGUUAAAAUGGUGUCCUUGUUUAAAUCAGUAGGUCAUUUUAAUUUCCAUGUGCAAACAAAUCAAGUUUGAAUUUGGAUUUUUAGUUUAGGAAUCAGCUUCACGUGGUUGUUUACCACAGACUUCACCUUAAAUUGUAGUACAAAGUACAGUAAAACCAAACAUGCUGUGUGUCAACAUCCCAGGAUGUACAAGAUCAUAUUACCUCCUGAGAUUUUGACAAGUGAAUGGACCCCUAAACCAGUGAGGAUGAGCUAAUAAGCUUUGAUCAAAAAGUAGCUUCAAGAUGUUGUGGAAGACAAGUAAACAGGAAUUGAAGCUUUAUAUUUUAAGAAAUGUUUUUUUUUAAUUCAGAAAUUAACCAAUGUGAAUAAUAGUGAAAGAAUAUUAUUUAGUUUUAAAUCACUGAUUUGUGUAUGAGUUUUUUGUCUGUAGGAGCAGAUGUUCCCAGACAGGAAGUAAUUAGUUGUACAAAUUCACCAAAACAAACACAAUACUUCCUUUUUGUUUAACUUGACAAAACUCAACAUGUAUUUUAGGAAGAACCUUGGAAUUUCAGUAUAAAAUCAAAUGUGAUAAAACUUUAACAUAGAUCAUAAUUUUCUUGAUAAGCAAACAAAUAAGGAAGCAGAGUCCUUUCAGCGUCAGAUGAUGAGGAUGAUAAAGAUCAGGUUCUGGUGUUCUGUCUGGACCUCUGGCGGUACUCUGGCAGGUGAUGAAGGAUCCAUGCAGCAGGUGUCAACAUGGCAGCAGCGAACACAGACAUAAUGAAGACACUUUGCUUAAAACACAAAAACAAGAAGAAGAAACAGGAAAAAUCAAAACAAAGACAAAUGGACCCAAACUGGUCGAGAGGUUUAGGAUCAGGGACUCAGGGAAGAGGGGGUGGGGUGGGUAGGUAUUCGUUAGCUAUAGUUAUAGUUUGGAGCAUUAAGUCAUUAGUAGUUAGUGGGUAUCCUAGUUAGGUAUUGGUUGAUUGUUUCAGACUCACCAGAGCUCCAAUUCUGUUCCUGGGUGGUUUGCUGUAAAUCAUCUUCUUUGUCUUCAUCAUGAUUUUUGUAUGAGUCACAGUCGGCACAGAAACAUUUUCCAUGAUCCUCAGCACACCACUAGCCAUCAUUACAGCAACAAACCCCACUGGCUCUUUAGCACCUGCCUGACUCUGAUCAGAGGAUGUCAGUGUGUCCAAGCUUCGCAUAAGACUGAAGCUGGAUCUGAACAGGUCUUAAUUAUGAGAGAGAAGGAGGGGCGUCUGCAGAUGGGCCAGCUGCACAGUAAAGCUAAUUAGAAUUCAAACGCAUCAAACAGGGAGAAAAAAGAACAGAACAAAGAGUUAAAUUGGUGUUUGAUGUGUUUCCCUCCAGUGGGGGCAGUGAACGAAGCUCACUUUGAUGGCUCUGUCUGCUGGACCCCUCGGGGAACUGGCGAUCUCCCAAAGUUCCUUAUACCUAGCUACAUACACAUACAUUUAGGGCCGGGAGUGGGCUCUUUCACUGGGGCCUGAGGGUUUGGCCAGUUGUGUUCUCGCCCACUGGCCCUGGUGGAGAGAUCACCACCUAGUUUUAACUGCACAAAAGACAUUUAGUGGACACUGUCCGGGGGUCACACAGCGGUUGUGCUCCUGGAGGUGUACCCCACUUUCAGUCCACUCUAGUUCCACACACACACACAGCUCAAGCUGGGUUGCAGGGUUCUGGGGUGCCUUUUCCGCCGCUCCCUCCUUCUCCCGGGUGGGGGGGGGGGGGGGGUGGGCGGGGCUCAGGAGGAGCUGCAGUCCCUGCCUGGGGCCACAUGGGUGGUAGGCCGGAGACCUACCCUCCCCAUGAAUGAGUUCAAGCGAAUGGUGUGGGUGCGGGAAUGUAUCUGAGAGUGCAUGGGUUCACGUAUGAUUGGCUGGGCGUAGUGGCCGAGCUCCUCCCAUCACCCUGGCUUUCAUAAGUGGCAAUGUUCAUGCACCAAAGUCUGCCUCACCAUUUGCGUAAACAAUGUUAAGCUACAGCUUUACUAACCUUGUAGUGGGACACUCAACACCUGAUCUGAUAAAAAGGCUUUCUAAACCCAACUGUAAGUAUUACUGAUACUUAUCACUACCAAUAUCAAUAAUGUGUAAAUAAGGAAAUUGUGAUGUUGUAUGUCAUGGCUAUUUUUAAGUAGUAUGAGAUAUGUAUAACAAUGCAUAUGUGUAUGUAUAUGAUAUAUGUAUAUGUUUGUAUGAGUAUCUAGAAGUCCCACAGGAUCUUGGCUCGCUCGUUCUCUACCACCUUGGGAGGUGUUUCCCACUUUGACCUUGGGGUUUCCAGUCCAUACUCUGCGCAGAUGUUCCUGUAUACUAUGCCAGCCACUUGGUUAUGGCGUUCCAUGUAUGCUUUCCCUGCCAGCAUCUUACAACCUGCAGUUAUUUGCUGGACCGUCUCAGGGGCCUCUUUGCACAGUCUACACCUUGGGUCUUGUUUGGUGUGGUAGAUCUGGGCCUCUAUGGCUCUGGUGUUCAGGGCCUGCUCCUGUGCAGCCAGGAUGAGUGCCUCUGUGCUGUCCUUCAGCCCAGCUCUUUCAAGCCAUUGGUAGGAUUUGUUGAGAUCAGCCACUUCAGUUAUGUUCCGGUGGUACAUCCCGUGUAAGGGCUUGUCCUCCCAUGAUGGUCCCUCUUCCAGCAUCUCAUCCUCUGUUCUCCACUGCCUGAGACAUUCACUCAGCACGUCAUCUGUCGGGGCCUUAUCCUUGAUGUACUUAUGGAUCUUGGAUGUUUCAUCCCGGAUAGAGGCUCUCACGCUCACUAGUCCUCGGCCUCCUUCCUUGCGGCUAGCGUACAGUCUCAGGGUGCUGGAUUUGGGGUGGAACCCUCCAUGCAUGGUGAGGAGCUUUCGUGUCUUAACAUAUAUGGUCUGUAUCUCUUCCUUUGGCCACCUAAUUAUUCCCGCAGGGUAUCUGAUCACUGGCAGGGCGUAGCUGUUUAUUGCCUGGGAUUUGUUCUUGCCAUUGAGCUGGCUUCUUAGGACUUGCCUUACUCGUUGGAGGUAUUUGGCUGUUGCCGCAUUCCUUGUUGCCUGUUCAAGGUUGCCGUUUGCCUGUGAUAUUCUAAGGUACUUGUAAUUGUCCUCAAUGUCUGCUAUUGUUCCUUCUGGGAGUGAGACCCCUUCUGUGUGGAUUACCUUGCCUCUCUUUGUCACCAUCCUCCCACAUUUCUCGAGCCCGAAUGACAUCCCGAUGUUCGAUCUGUAGAUCCUGGUGGUGUGGAUCAGCGAGUCGAUGUCUCGCUCACUCUUGGCGUACAGCUUGAUGUCAUCCAUGUAGAGGAGGUGACUUAUGGUGGCCCCGUUCCAGAGUCGGUAUCCAUAGCCAGUCUUGUUUUUUAUUUGGCUGAGGGGGUUCAGACCUAUGCAGAACAGCAGUGGGGACAGUGUCUUAGAUCGUCUUAGAUGUACUGUAAUUGUGAUCCACAAGAGUAAACUUUAAGAUGAUUUAUCACACUGAUGAUCUCCAGUAGAUUUCUUUAUAAGAACAUAUCCACUACAUUUUAGUGUCAGGAGUGGGAUGGAUGUUCCGUUGAUCGACACCUGGCCCAGACUAAAGGUAAACCACCAAUGGAAAUCUCAUAGGAGAUUCAGGGAAUAUUCCACUCCAACAAAUGGAGGGCUGGAAUCCCGCCUGAUGCUGGGUCCAGGUGGCGGACAGCAGACACUCUAUUCAGUUUGUGAGUACAUUGUUAUGAAUCAUCUCCGCUUACUGUAACACUUUAGGUGUUGUAGUGCUUUGAUAUGGUUAAAUCACGUGACGUGUGUUUUAAGAUCUGCAGUGCCUUGAUCGUGAGUGAGAGCCCAUUAGUCUGUGAAGUGCUGUGUGAAGUAGCAGCCGUCAGUGACUAAAAAGAAAAAGAGAAAGUAUCUGAAUUAAUCAUUGGUAAGAUUACAAAUGAUUUGUGAAGCCAUGUGGGCUUAUAAGGGCAACACCGUGUGAGUACAAAUUAAGCAAGAUUGUGAGCCACUUUGAGCUCAGCUUGUGUGUUAUAUGUCACUAUGUGUCAGAUGUAGCUUGUUUGUUUUUUGUCUUUGUUAGUUUUUAGGUGUAGUUUAAUUAUAACUGUCAUAUAACAUAACUUUUAAUUAUACUUAGUUAUGGAGAUAGUAGAUCCAAGGAUGUCCCACUGGAGUAAAAGGGGCAUAUCACUGAUCUAAUAAAAUUAUGCUACAGUAUAA